AUUCCAAACCCAAUUCCUAACCUACUAAUUCCCAGCAACCUAGCAUUAUUAGCUAAAGCUCUCUUUAACUUAGUUAAUGUAUUUACAAAAAAUAAUAGGUUUGGAAUUGUUCGACGGAAUGCUUAUUCCUAUAAGGGACGGCAGAUAAGAUUCUCUUUUUAG